AUGGCAUCGUACGCUCAGUUCCUGACCAAGGAGAAGGAAGACGAACUCCGUCAAAUCGCCAAUGCGAUCGUCAGCCCCGGCAAGGGUAUUCUCGGUAAGGAUUCACUUGACCACGUUUUUUCUUAUUUUUCCUAUGAAAGAACGGAAAAAACGUCGAUUACAGCCGCCGAUGAGUCGACGGGGAGCAUGGAGAAGCGGCUGCAAAGCAUCGGACUGGAAAACAACGAGGAGAACCGUCGCAAGUACCGCCAGCUGCUGUUCACCGCCGGUGGAGACUUCAACAAGUGCAUCUCUGGUGUGAUUAUGUUCCACGAAACGUUCUACCAGAAGACCGACGACGGCAAGACGUUCGUCCAGUUACUCCAGGAACAGGGCGUCAUUCCCGGUAUCAAGGUGAUUUUUAAUAAUAAUAGUUUAUUCACUGCCAUAAAAAACAUUAGGUAGUAUAGAAAAAUUAUAAGUGAUCAACAUAUGACGGGCAGAAGAAUAACAAUACGCGGGAAGGAGUCAACCCCAACCGUUGGGGCCCAACGAGUUGACAGGUACCCGGAAGUAAAAAAAUUUUUUUGAUACUUCUCAAUCAAAAUUAUAUACAUUCUUUAUCUCUUUUUUUCCAUAUUAGAACGGACUCAACUGAAAAUAACUUUAAUAGUCCAAACAUAUCAAUUAUUUUUGAAAAAUGACAUAGGUCCGUAUUUUUUUAACAGAAUUCAAACGAAAAGGAUUUUCUCCCCUAUUUUCCAGAUGUAGACAAAUUAUGGUUCUAAACAUGUAAGAUUAUAUUAUAUUCCACUUUCUAAACCUGAAACCUACGGCCUUUUCUGUAAUAAAAUAUAUGAUUCCCGAUUCAAUGAGAAGAAUGAGUGCAAUUAAAAAUAGUAUCACCUUUUUUUCAGGUUGACAAGGGUGUGAUUCCUUUGGCCGGAACUAUCGGCGAAGGAACCACCCAAGGUCUGGAUGACCUGAACGCGCGCUGCGCUCAGUACAAGAAGGUUUGUCGAUGAAAGGUUUUUCGGCUGCUGGAAGAAGACGAUUUGAGGACGGCGCUCAAUUCGCCAAAUGGCGCUGCGUCCACAAGAUUUCGACCACAACGCCUUCGGUCACAGCUCUGAACGAGAUCGCUCAAGUUUUGGCGCGCUACGCCUCCAUCUGCCAGCAGAACGGCCUGGUUCCGAUUGUCGAGCCGGAGGUGUGUGUACUGACAAACAUGCUUUCCCAACCAAGGUUCAGAUUCUUCCUGACGGUGAGCACGACUUGGCUCGCGGGCAAAAGAUCACUGAGACAGUUUUGUCCUACGUCUACAGAGCUCUCAACGAACAUCACGUCUUCCUCGAAGGAACACUCCUCAAGCCGAACAUGGUGACGGCAGGCCAGAGCUUCACGGGAACCAAGCCGACCAACGAGGAGAUCGGCCUGGCCACUGUGACCGCCCUCCAGCGUGCCGUUCCUGCUGCCGUGCCUGGCGUCGUUUUUCUUUCCGGAGGUCAAAGCGAAGAGGAUGCCACCAAAAACCUCAACGCCAUCAACCAAGUCAAGGGAAAGAAGCCUUGGGCUCUUACUUUCUCUUACGGACGUGCCCUCCAAGCCUCUGCGUUGGCUAAGUGGGCCGGCAAGGACGAUAACAUUAAGGCUUCUCAGGUUUGAUUAAUUUUUUCUUUCUUUGGACUCAGCAAUUCUAACUUCAGCGAAGAUUAAGGAAAAUAAUUGUUUUUCUUUGAGUAGUUUUAAUUUUUUUUUUUCUUUUUAAUUUUUUCAUAGAUUUAUGAGUUCCUAAUCUUAUUCUUUGGUGGAGGGAAAAUAGGAAUCGAACGGCCGGCCACUCAUUGAAACCCGCAAACCGAAGCUGUGUAUUGCAGGAUGUUUUGCUGCACCGUGCCAAGAGCAACUCGCUGGCUUCCGUCGGACAGUACACGGGAGACGCGAAUGCUGACGCCGCCGCCUCGCAGUCGCUCUUUGUCGCCAACCACGCCUACUAA